AUGAUAUGAUGAUGUGUGCGGAGAAAUGGGGCGUCGUAGAAACGCGGAUAUUCAUUCGUGGACAAACUCUUGUUUUUUUUUUUUUUUAGAGACGAAGGUUACCGUAAUGUACCCAAAAGAAGAGCUUAAAGAAAGUAGGAAAGGCGGUCCCGACUGUCGACCAGAGCAGGCACAGCAAUGGGCACAGAGAGACGGUCUGAGACUUCGGAGAUAAACAGAAAUUGACUUUGGCAAAACACACCAUCCAGACAUUCGAAGGGAGGUUUUACAACCACGCGUGGAACUGACUGGGAGUUUUCCCCUUUUAAUGAAGAACAUGGCCAAGUUGUUCCGAGCUGCUAUUAUGGGUCCUCCGGGGUCAGGUAAAGGAACCAUAUCCGAGAGAAUUGCGCAAAGUUUUGGCCUGCAAUAUCUAUCCAGUGGUCACUUUUUGCGUGAGAGCAUCGCAGCUAAAACAGAGGCAGGAGUGCAGGUAAAGACCUACGUGGAGAGAGGCAUGCUGGUGCCGGAUCAUGUCAUGACCAGGCUGAUGAUGCCCAGGUUGGAACAACUGAGUGGCCAAAGCUGGCUUUUAGAUGGUUUUCCACGGACACUUACCCAGGCCCAGACCCUGAACAGUUUGUACCAGCUGGACAUGGUCAUCAGCCUCAACAUACCCUUUGAAACUCUUAAAGACAGACUGAGUGACCGCUGGAUCCACCCAGGCAGUGGCCGAGUAUACAACAUGGGCUACAACCCACCGAGAGUGCAGGGCAAAGAUGACGUCACCGGGCAGCCCCUGAUUCAGCAUGACGACGACAAACCCGAAGCUUUGAUGGCAAGACUGAGGCAUUACAAAGAUGUGGCUAAACCUGUCAUAGACUUAUACAAGUCACAAGGAAUCCUGCACUCAUUUUCUGGUACAGAAACGGAUCGGAUUUGGCCUUACAUCAACUCUCUCCUCAGCAGCAAGAUGCCCACUAAGCCAUUAGAUGCCUGUCAAAGCCAGUCGCCCUGACUCACGGAAAAGACCGCAAAGACCAUCAAGGAGACAAAUCAGAGAUUUGGAGGGAUCCUACUUAACCCUGCCCUCUGUAGUCACCCAAGGGUCUGUAAAUGUAAAUAUAUAUAUAUUUUUUUGCUUCAUGGCUUCAUGGAUAUUUGCAUUGAUGUAGUGCAUUGCUCAUUCUGAUAAAACAAAUGGUAUGCUUCAAAACAUUCUAUACAAAAUCAGCUUAACUUGUAAUUACCGGGGUGCUCAAUUGAUGUGAUCAAUCGACCACCGAUCUGUAUUGGCCGAUAUCCGUGAAAAAUCACGACAUCGGCAAAUGCCGAUAAAUGCCUUUCAAAGCCAAAAUUCCUUUGGCUCGCACUGUGUAGUAUCUUUGCCUAAGUAACGUCUCGGGCAGCGUCGUCUUCUCAAUUUCCCCUCCCACAAAACAAUGGCGAUCAUGUCUUCCAUGUGGAACUAUCUUGCAGGGGUAGCAAGUUCAAAAGCUUAUGCAGCAUUUGAAGAACAAACAUUUGAUGGAGUACGGUGAGAUUUUGAUGCUAAAUUAAGGUGAUUUUAUGCUUCAUUUUUUCAUCUCAUACAGCAAGCAGCAGGGGCGCCAGGAAUUCUGCCCCUCCACUUUAUUAAUGAAUUACUAAUUAGCCGCAGAAUAACCCUGACUUUUUUCAUAAGACCCCUAAAUGAGCACUAAAUGAAUGAAUGAAAAAUGUUUAAAUUAAUCCGAUGUAAUCGGUAUCAGCCGAUUUCAAUCCUGAAUGAUCGGUAUUCAAAUCAGCAGCAUAAAAUCCCGAUCUGAGCAUCCAUAAGCAUUAUAUAAUCGAAAGUGGCGCUCCAUGCAUGAAUCAAAUUUGAAAAAAAACAAACUGAUCAGUAUCACUGAUUUUGCAUUAUCAUCAAGCACCGUAAUGUUACAUAUGUGCGAGGAAAAUCCUUGGAAAAUUGAAUUUGUCGGUGAACUGAUUCAAUCUUGUACGUAGUAUUUACGACAUUCGACCCUUUCUACCUCAAGAAUCUUAAAUUAGACAAUCUAUAAGACAAAACUGAAAAUUUGAAGAGAACGCUGUCUGGUAUAGAAAGACGGACCACUGUCUUACGUUUAGUUACGUUACGUCUUACGGGUUGACAAAGUAGCACCUUUAAGUACAGUGGAACCUCAAAGGUCGUACACAAGGCCGUUCUGCCAUGUUGGUUGACUUGUUCGCAUUUCAAAUUUCCAAUAGGAAUACAUUCAAACUGAAACAAAUCAUUUCUAGAAUCAAUUCCAGUCACAGUUAGGAGACCAGGGUUCAAUUCCACCCUCGGACAUCUCUGUGUGGAGUGUGCAUGUUCUCCCUGUGCAUGUGUUGCUUUUCUCCGGGUUCUCCGGUUUCCUCCCACAUUCCAAAAACACGCUAGGUUAAUUAGCGACUCCAAAUUGUCCAUUUUAUGAAUGGGUAUGAAUGUGAGUGUGAAUGGUUGUUUGUCUAUAUGUGCCCUGUGAUUGGCUGGCCACCGGUCCAGGGUGUACACCGCCUCUUGCCCAAAGACUGCUGGGAUAGGCUCCAGCACCCCCUGCGACCCUCGUGAGGAAAAAGCGGUAGAAAAUGAAUGAAUGAAUUCCAGUCACAAAAACUUGAACAUGCAAGCCAGUUCUUUUUAAUUGGCCCUUGGCAUAUUUUAAAAAGAAAUACAAUUAAGAAGUAAAUAGCUACAGUAUGUUAUUGGAUAUUACUCUAAUUUAAUCACUUAUACAGAAUCAUCCGUCCAUACAUAUACAACAUACUAUCUUAUUCUUUUGUUAAGCUUUUCUUAAAGUCUAACUUGGAGGUUCCACUGUAUCGUGACAGGUCUCUUUCCUCUCUCUCUCUCUCCGGAUUAGUGCUUUAACUGACAGCGGUUAAAUGGGUCACCUUUGCUGUAUAUGCAUUAGGCAGCUGCUGUGUAACUGUGGAGGACAAUCAGCGACUUGUUACUAUUUUGCUCUUAUCUCAAAUGUAACUAAGCAUAGGAUAAUGUGUAUUUAGCCAUAGAUAAACAUGCUGCAUACGUUCCUCCUGUUUUAUUUGUGCAAGAAUGCUGCAAAUUGUCUAUGGAAAUAUUCCUUCUGAAUUUAUACAGUUCUCCCCGUGCAUGCGUGGGUUUUCUCCGGGUACUCCGGUUUCCUCCCACAUUCCAAAAACAUGCUAGGUUAAUUGGCGACUCCAAAUUGUCCAUAGGUAUGAAUGUGAGUGUGAAUGGUUGUUUGUCUAUAUGUGCCCUGUGAUUGGCUGGCGACCAGUCCAGGGUGUACCCCGCCUCUCGCCCGAAGACAGCUGGGAUAGGCUCCAGCACCCCCCGCGACCCUCGUGAGGAAAAAGCGGUAGAAAAUGAAUGAAUGAAUUUAUACAGUGCCCCCCUUUUGUGGCGAGGAUGACCAUCUAUGCUCAGAAGAUUUACGAGUUCCUGGAUUGUUUGUACCUCUUGUAAUGGGAUUGUGUUGUAAUACUCAGCGCUCUUCAAUUUUUAGAUAUACAGUAGUAGUUCCCUGAUAAAUUUGCAACUUGCGGUUUGUUAUUUGCCCACGGCACACUGUAAAAAAUACUAUAAAAGUCAAUUAUGGCAUGUCUGCACCCCGCCCCUCCCCUCUUUGCAGGUAACGCCAUCAAACCAUUUUCAUUUUAAGUUUCCAUAAAACAAUAUUAAUAGUUAAAGCAGACAAAAGAUGUGUGAAUAUAUGGGGGGGGUCUAUAUGUGCUUCUGACAGAUUUUGACCUUGUUCAAAGGUCAAAUCCUCUGCCUUUUUUGUAUUUCAAACAAAGACAACAUCUUAGUAUUAGCAUGGGAAAUGGGAUGUUAAAUGUCUUCUUGCAGGAAAAAAAAAAACUAUAUUCAUUCGCUAGUGGCUUGACUGAUAUGCAGGUUAUGAAUGUUAUAUUUUUUCUGUUGUAUAUUUGUUCACAAUAGGAAAUGAUCUCUAUGCAAAAGAUCAGCAGAUGUCUAUGGCUGUGCCCUCUUUUGGAAUCAAGAUUUGUUUUUGUGUGGAAGAUUGAUUGCGGCCACACCUGGGAAUAUGACUCAACAGAAUCCUGCGUGUGGUUUUCUGAAACUUUGUUUGGACAGGAAGCUGAAUUGGGUGUGGUGUGAAAAAGUAGUAAGUUGGUCGUAGUUACACCUCGCAGAACUUGUGAAAGACUUCUUUUGUUUUCCUGAUUUUAUUAUGAAGUCUGUUUAACUGCUUACAUUCCAAACACAAUAAAAACAAUAAAAAUAUUCCCCCCUCUGUGA